GACUUGCAGCGCCGCUUGGAGCUAUUGCAUAUGACAGUUUUCUGCCAGAGUUUCUCUCCGUGUGGCAAGUACCUUGCAGCCGGCAACAACUAUGGGCAGAUUGCUGUUUUCAGCCUUUCGGCAGCAUUAAGCUCAGCCGCUGAAGAGGAGGAUCAGAAGUCUGUCAUUACCUUCACAGCUCACGAUGGGCCAGUGUACAGCCUGGUAUCUACAGACCGUCAGUUAAUCAGUGCUGGUAAUGGGGAUGUAAAAGCUUGGAACUGGAAUGAAAUCACAAAAAAGGGGUGCAAAGAAGCAUGGAGCCGCAAGCCACCUUUCAGGGCAAAUCUUGAACUUCCAGAGAUCAACUGCCUUCUCCUUAAUCAGAAGGACAACACUCUUUUGACGGCUGGAGGUGAUGCAGUUGUUCAUGUCAUGGACAUGGAAACGGGGGCGUUCACGCAAGCAUUCCAAGGGCACAUGGAUUACAUCCACUGUUUGGCACUGCGGGACCAGUACAAUGAGUGUUUGUCGGGGAGUGAGGAUGGCACAGUUCGACUCUGGGACCUAAGGACAGGCCAAGAGGCCCAAGUGAUAGACGUUUACAGACACCAGGUGUGUGGAGGCGGCCCUGCUCUCGCUCUCUGGCACCUGCGCUCUGUAACACCCACCACUGUGUUCCCACUACAGGACUGUCAGCAGCAAGUGAUGUUUUAUCAAGACUUGAUCCUCUCUGCAGGCAACAAUCCUACGAUCAACCACUGUCAGAUCAGCAGUGGAGUCAAAGCUCAGAUACCUUGCACUGCACCAUCUGUAUACUCCUUAGCCAUCAAUGAACAGUCGCAGGAAAACAUGGUCCUGACAGUAGCAGGAAGCAGCAGUAAAGUGGACAUCUUCACUAACUUCCAGUACAGAGCUUUUUCACUUUCAUUUGAGUAACGUCUAGACAAAAAUCUGGGCACCUGUGCCUUUUAGCAUAAGUUAAUGGUUUUGGAAUAAAGUAUAAAAGAAGUCUAAAGCAUUUUUGUUUUGCUACGUAAACCAUAUUUUGCAAUAAAAUGAAAAAGAAAUCUA